CCCGCCCCGCCGCCGGGCCGGAAGAGCCGCCCGCGCGCCCGUCGGUCCCUGCCGCUGGCCCGGGCUCCGUGGCGCCCGGCCUUGGUUGCUAUGGCGCCGGUUGCCGCGGCGACGACGUGGAGGCUGGUGCUGCCGCUGCUGCUGCUGAGCGUCGCGGGGCUGGAGGCCGCGGACGGCCCGCGGCCCCCCAACAUCCUGCUCCUGCUUAUGGACGACAUGGGGUGGGGUGACCUGGGGGUAUAUGGAGAACCUUCCAGAGAGACCCCAAAUUUGGACCGGAUGGCCGCAGAAGGGAUGCUUUUCCCAAACUUCUAUUCAGCCAACCCCCUGUGCUCGCCGUCAAGGGCAGCUCUGCUCACUGGACGCCUGCCCAUCCGCAACGGCUUCUACACCACCAACGGGCGUGCCAGAAACGCCUACACGCCACAGGAGGUGGCGGGCGGCAUCCCGGACGGGGAGCUCCUCCUGCCCGAGCUGCUGAAGGGCGCCGGCUACGCCAGCAAGAUCGUGGGCAAGUGGCAUCUGGGCCACAGGCCUCAGUUCCACCCCCUGAAGCACGGAUUCGACGAGUGGUUUGGAUCCCCCAACUGCCACUUUGGACCUUAUGACAACAGGGCCAGGCCCAACAUCCCCGUGUACAGGGACUGGGAGAUGGUCGGCAGAUACUAUGAGGAAUUUCCAAUUAAUCUGAAGACUGGAGAGGCCAACCUCACCCAGCUGUACCUGCAGGAAGCCCUGGAUUUCAUUAAGAGGCAGCAGGCAGCUCAGCGCCCCUUCUUCCUCUACUGGGCCAUCGACGCCACUCACGCACCUGUUUAUGCUUCUAAGCCUUUCUUGGGCACCAGCCAGCGAGGGCGGUACGGGGACGCUGUCCGGGAGAUCGACGACGGCGUUGGGAAGAUCCUCAGGCUCCUCCAGGACCUGAGGAUCGCAGAGAACACGUUCGUCUUCUUCACGUCGGACAACGGCGCUGCCCUCAUCUCCGCCCCGAAACAAGGUGGCAGCAAUGGUCCUUUCCUGUGCGGGAAGCAGACCACGUUUGAAGGUGGGAUGAGGGAGCCUGCGAUCGCCUGGUGGCCCGGGCGGGUCCCUGCCGGCCAGGUGAGCCACCAGCUGGGCAGCAUCAUGGACCUCUUCACCACCAGCCUGUCCCUCGCGGGCCUGGCGCCGCCCGGCGACAGGACGAUCGACGGCCUGGACCUCCUCCCCGCCAUGCUGCAGGGCCGGCUGGCGGACAGGCCAAUAUUCUAUUACCGCGGUGACACGCUGAUGGCGGUCACCCUCGGCCAGUACAAGGCCCACUUCUGGACCUGGACCAAUUCCUGGGAGGAGUUCAGACAGGGCGUCGAUUUCUGCCCCGGACAGAACGUGUCGGGGGUCACCACCCACACGCAGGAGGAGCACACGCAGCUGCCCCUGAUCUUCCACCUGGGACGGGACCCCGGGGAGAGGUUCCCCCUCAGCUUUGCCAGCACGGAGUACCUGGCUGCCCUCCGCGCCAUCACCCCGGUCGUGCAGCAGCACCAGAAGGCCCUGGUGCCCGGACAGCCCCAGCUCAACGUGUGCAACCAGGCGGUCAUGAACUGGGCGCCCCCGGGCUGUGAAAAGUUAGGGAAGUGCCUGACGCCCCCGGAGUCCGUCCCGGAGAAGUGCUCCUGGCCCCACUAGCACCCGCUUGUGCUCUGGCCAGGCCUGGGCUCCCCCACCGGCCGUGCAAGUGCCUGCGGGGAGGAAGGCUCUGGCCGCAGGGCUCCCGAGCUGGAAGGGCCCCAACUGCUCUUCGCCCCGCCUGCGCCGUACAGACCUCACCUGCCGGGACAGCGGGCCUGCUCUGCGCACCGCCCGGGCCCUGGAGCCCCUCCGCCCUCCUCCGGUCCCCACGGCCUCACCGCAGCCCCAGAGCAGAAGGCUGCCCCUCAGACCCUUCUCAGGUCUGCGGGCUCCCGACCUCCGGCUGGCGAUUCCCAGGACCCAGAAGGCGUGGCUGUCCCCUCCCGUGUGUGAGCCCCACUGUCAAAGUUGCCCGUGCCAGUCCUGUCUGAGCCCCUUGGCACCACCCCGCUGCGGCGGAGUUGUGAACGUGGAAGGCACCCCUGGUCCAGGGGGGACAGAGGGAUGUUGGCACCUUAGGGCCUUCAUCCUUCCUUGGGGAUGCUGACCCUAGUGCCCCGCGUGGUGAGCGGUGCCGCCCGCCGCCCCCCUCCGCCGGGUGGCCUGGUGCGGAGAGAUCCCCGUCCCGAAGGCGCGUGGAGCCGCCCUGCAGAGUGGAGUUUCCACGUCUCUGCGGAUAUGACCGCAAAGCUGUGCCGUCGUAAGCCUGGGGAAAUGAUGGAGGAAAGUUCUAGAAUAAAGUAACAGGCAUUUUUGCUAUUUUU